AUGGGGAAGGCAGAUAAUGAUAUUGAUGCAGUUAGAGAAGAGCUGGAGAGGCACAUCAGGGCCAAUGACCCAGAACACAACAAGCAGUUUAUGUAUGCAAAUAACUAUAUACGUACCACCAAGUACAACAUGUUUACCUUCUUACCGAAGAACAUGUUCGAGCAGUUCCAGCGACUGGCCAAUGCAUAUUUCUUGUGCCUACUUAUACUGCAGCUGAUUCCAGCAAUUUCUUCCUUGACGCCAUUAACAACGGUGAUUCCAUUGGUAGCUGUACUUGCCGUAUCCGCACUCAAGGACGCGGUCGAUGAUUUUAGACGACAUCGUAGUGAUGGGCAGGUCAACAACCGUCUUUCUUUUGUACUGCGUGACGGAAAAUUGGUGGAAGAACGCUGGCACAAAGUCGUCGUCGGGGAUAUUAUCAAGAUGGAAAAUAAUCAGUUUGUGGCAGCGGACCUUCUACUUUUAUCAACAAGUGAACCUCACAGUCUGUGCUACAUAGAGACUGCUGAACUUGAUGGAGAGACAAAUCUCAAGGUUAGACAAGCUCUUCCAGAAACUGCUGAACUAGAGAACGAUAUAAGCAAACUGACACAAUUUAAUGGUGAGUGCUAUUGUGAAGCACCUAAUAACAAGCUGAGUAAAUAUGAAGGGACAAUGAAGUGGAACAACAAAACGUAUUCAUUAGAUAAUGAUAAGAUCCUCCUCCGUGGUUGUGUGCUCCGAAAUACACAGUGGUGCUACGGCCUGGUCAUUUUUGCUGGUCAAGACUCGAAGUUGAUGAUGAAUAGUGGAAAGUCCAUCUUCAAAAGAACACACAUUGAUCGUCUUCUUAAUAUUCUCAUCAUAGGUAUAUUUAUAUUUUUACUGUCAUUAUGCUUGGCCAUGACGAUAGCCUGCGGUAUAUGGGAGACGUUUACAGGCCGAUACUUUCAGGCUUAUCUCCCUUGGGAGUCGUUUGUUCCUGGCUCACCAUCCAAAGAUGGAACUAUCACAGAGGGCGCCACUGUCAUAUCUAUGCUCGUAUUCUUCUCAUACAUCAUCAUCUUUAACACUGUUGUGCCCAUCUCCUUAUAUGUAAGUGUGGAGAUUUUUCGACUGGUUAAUAGUUUCUGGAUAAAUUGGGAUGUAAAAAUGUAUUAUAAAAAAGUGGACACACCUGCCAGAGCAAGGACUACCACUCUAAAUGAGGAACUGGGUCAGAUCGAGUAUAUUUUCUCUGAUAAAACUGGUACUCUAACACAGAACAUCAUGACAUUCAAUAAAUGUUCUAUAGAUGGGAAAUCUUAUGGAGAUUCUUACGAUGACUUUGGUAAUGCUGUUGAGGUGACAGAGCAUACACCAAAAGUUGACUUUUCAGAUAACCCUUAUUAUGAACCGUCUUUUGAUUUCUACGACUCUCAACUCUUGACAGCCAUACGCAAUGGAAACCCGUUGGCAUAUAGGUUUUUCUACAUCCUGGCUCUUUGUCACACUGUCAUGCCAGAGGUGAAAGAUGGUAAUCUGGAAUAUCAGGCACAAUCACCAGAUGAGGGAGCCUUGGUUGGUGCUGCUAGAAACUUUGGCUUUGUCUUCAAGUCGCGGACACCACAAACUAUUACCAUUGAAGUCAUGGGUAAAGAAGAAGUGUAUGAACUUUUAUGUAUCCUUGACUUUAAUAACGUCCGGAAAAGGAUGUCCGUUAUUGUUAAGAAAGAUGGGAAAAUUACGCUGCUGUGUAAAGGUGCAGAUUCUGUUAUCUACGAGAGAUUGGAUUCGAGCUGUGAUAAUGCCAAAGAACUUUGUACUCAUCAUUUAAAUGAAUUUGCUCAGGAUGGUCUCCGAACACUAUGUCUGGCUGAAAAACAAAUCCCUGAAAAUGUUUGGGAGACCUGGAAAAAGAAACACCAUGAAGCAAGUACAUCAUUACAAGAUCGUGAAGCCAAAGUUGAUGCCGCUUAUGAGGAGAUUGAAAAAAAUCUCAUUCUUAUUGGAGCUAGUGCCAUUGAAGAUAAAUUACAAGAUGGAGUUCCUGACGCCAUCGCUAAUUUAGCAGAUGCUGGGAUCAAAAUCUGGGUUCUUACCGGAGAUAAACAAGAAACUGCUAUCAAUAUUGGUUAUUCAUGUCGUCUGCUGACCGACGAAAUGGAAGACAUUUUUGUGAUAGAUGCUGAAUCUUUUCAAGAUGUGAAAAAGCAAAUGACUGAUGCUUUAGAUGAAGUGAAAAGAAUUAAUCGUGAAAAGAAAGAAGCCUCGGAAAGUAAUAACGUACAAAUUGCAAAUGGUGGUGGCGAGCAAUUCUACAAUGGUGGAAUGGGUAACGCUGUCACAGAAGAUGACAUAUGUAACGAAUUUGCUCUUGUUGUCAAUGGUCACAGUCUGAUCCAAGCUCUCAAGCCAGAGAUGGAACAACUACUUCUGGAACUGGGUUGUUCAUGUAAGGCUGUCAUCUGCUGUCGAGUUACACCACUUCAAAAGGCCCUGGUUGUGGACUUGAUUAAACGUAACAAGAAAUCCGUCACCCUCGCUAUCGGUGAUGGAGCGAAUGAUGUUAGCAUGAUAAAAACGGCACACAUUGGGGUCGGGAUCAGUGGCCAAGAAGGACUUCAAGCCGUCCUAGCCAGUGACUACUCCAUAUCUCAGUUCAGAUACCUCGAGCGUCUGCUCCUCGUACAUGGGCGCUGGUCCUACUUUAGAAUGAGCAAGUUCCUCAGAUAUUUUUUCUACAAGAAUUUUGCAUUCACGUUGUGUCAUUUGUGGUUUGCCAUUUUCUGCGGGUUUUCAGCACAGACCCUGUUUGAUCCGUACUUCAUUUCCUUCUACAACUUAUUUUAUACCUCCAUGCCAUGUCUCUUCAUGGCCGCAUUCGAUCAGGAUGUGAAUGAAAGUUAUUCACUGCGAUAUCCCAAACUGUAUACCCCUGGUCUGAAAGACAUGCUGUUCAACAAAAAGGUUUUCCUAUUAGGGGUCAGCGAAGGAUUCAUCACAUCUCUCAUCCUCUUCUUUAUCCCGUAUGGAGUAUUCCAUUGGGCAACUAACCCAUGGGGCACUGACCUCAUUGACCAUCAGUCGUUUGGGGUCGUAGUCGCGUCCAUACUGGUUGUCGCGGUCAACCUACGGUGUGCCCUGGAGACGUCCUACUGGACUGGCUUUAACCAUUUUGUGAUAUGGGGGAGCAUUAUCCUGUACUUCUGCUUCAUCCUCACCAUGUACUCCAGUGUGUUUAAUUACACUUAUAUGGGUACCGCCUACCAGGUCUUCUCUACGGCAAACUUCUGGCUUUGUCUACUCCUUACUAUCACCGUCCUUCUCGUCCCUGUGGUUGCAUAUCGUUUUUACUAUCUUGAUGUCCACCCCACUCUGAGUGACCGUACAAGGCUCAAACAGCGUAUGUCCAAAUCCAAAUCUCGCUCAGGGGACAUCGUGAUGCGUCGCCAGUCAACACUUCGUCGCAGCACAAGGUCCUUGCGUUCGGGCUACGCUUUCGCCCACCAGCAAGGUUUCGGUGAACUGAUCACCAGCGGUUUAAACAUGCGACAACGAGUUGAGCAAAGUGAGGCUAAAAGUAAUCCAGUACAAUUAACUAAAGUCAAACGUAUACAAAGUUCGAACUCGCCACGAAAUGGCAACAGCACCUCAGAAGGUUCUCAUGUGAAUAAUGUGACGGAACAGGAACAUGAUAAACAUGUCAUGUUCAGUGAAAAGCUUUGA